AUGAGUACGUUGUCUUCACUUCCACCGCCCUCUUCCCAGUCGAGCGCCCCUCCCUCGAGCAGCCAGCCCAGCUCGCAACCUCCGUCAAGCAGCAACCCUGUUUCUUCAAGCCAACCCCCAUCAAGCAGCCAACCAAUUAGCAGCAGUCCAUCUUCCACCUUACCCAGCUCUUCAGCGCCCCAGGCAUCCAGUGUUCGAGUGUCGACAGCGCCUGGCGGAAGUGUCUUUACUAUCACCUCGACCCAGUCAAUCACCCAGUCCGGCACUCCAAAUAGACCUUCCAAUACGGCAGAGGCGUCAAACAACGGAUUUUUCCAAAACAAGGCUGCUGUCGGCGCGACCUUCGCUAUCGUCGGCCUUGUCGCAAUCGGCAUAAUCUUCGCGCUCAUCACCAACACGAUUCGCAGAAGACGGGCUCGGCGUUUCGAUCGUGAAAUUGCGGAGGAGGCCAAACGUGUUCCUGCACCCGUAUUUAUGGAUGAUGACGACUACAAUGAUCAUGGGUACAGUGCCUAUGGCGCUGGCGGCGCUGCCGAUGCCUAUGGUCAUGCUGCACCUCAAUCUCAUUCUCAACACGCCGACGGCUACCCAGCGUCUGGCGAAGGCACGCCGAGCAAUUACAUGUACCCGUCAGGCUAUUCUGACCUCGGCUUUUCGGAUGUAAGCAGUCACGGAACAUACGCUCAGCAACCCAUGGAAGCUCAAUACAAUGCGGCUGGUGCUUAUGGCGCUGGGGCUGCUGGAUAUGGCGCUUAUGAAAUGACGGGCUAUGCGACUGGUCACGGCGGUCAAAUGCCUGGUUACGGUGCUCCCCAACAACAACAGGAUUGGGGAGGUCACGCGCAACAGGCGUAUGUCUACCCAGGAGACGAACAGCAGGCCCAUGCAGGAUACCCACCAGUCCCUAGUGCCGCUAGUGGCAGUGCUACUGCUAUAUCUUCCGAUUCUGGAGCCCUCGCUAGAAACAAGAGCGCUGGCGGUGCUCGCAGUCUGGUCGAUUCAUACAACACCCCCCCUGUCGACUCAGCAAAGACCAACACGCACGCUAUGCCUCAAUACGCAGACGGCUAUGUCGCUCAAUACCAGCAGAGUCCGCAUAUUGUCGAGGAAGAAGCUAGUGCAUAUGGCGGAGUUGAGAGCGAGCAUGGCCAUGUUGGUCAUGAAUAUCGUGACGAGGAAGACGACGCGGGACAUGCCGUACCCAGAGUCCUCAAAGUGGCCAACGAGUAA